GUCGUUUUCAGCGUGUGCGCAUUUGUUAUGUCUCCGACUGGAAACAGGCAAAUUCAGUUAUGGGCUUGAAGGCGCUACUCGCUGCGUUUGAUUUGAGUCUCUCUUAAGUCGGUAAACAUGUCCGAGGCCCUGUUGCAGUGGUGUGUGGACCAGUUACACCACAAGUUCGGGUUGGAGGCGUGUGAAGACAUCGUCCAAUACAUUCUAUCCAUCGAAAAUGCUGAAGAGAUCGAGGAGUAUGUGGGAGAUCUCCUGCAGGGCACAGAUGGGCGGAAAGGACAGUUCAUCGAUGAGUUCCUCAGCAGAUGGAAGAAGACUCAACGACAGGCCACGGAUACCUCAAGUUUUAUCCUUCCCAAGGAAUCUUUUUCAUCACCAGAGUUGCAAGACAUGACCAAAGACAGCCAGAAGAAGUCCAAACGCAAAGGCCGUAACAAACUGGAGGUGCUGGCUGUGAGCCAAACGGAGCCUGAGCCAGAGGCAGUCAAAACCCCCAUUGAUCUGAUGAGGGCCCAAGAAAACAGCUGUUCUUCAUCAACCAAGAAGAAAAAUAAGUUUGUCAAUCUCUACAAUAAAGACGGACAAGACAAGCUGGCCAUCUUACUCCCAGGUCGACAUGCCUGCGAGUGCCUUGCCCAAAAGCACAAGCUCAUAAACAACUGCAUCACCUGUGGUCGCAUCGUAUGUGAGCAAGAGGGCUCCGGACCCUGCCUCUUCUGUGGAAGCCUGGUCUGCACAAGAGAGGAGCAGGAGAUCCUGCAGCGAGACUCCAACAAAAGCCAGAAACUACGAAAGAAGCUGAUGGGAGACGGAGGAGAAAGAGAUCAUCUCCCGCACCAAGAGGCCAAGAUGAAGGCUGGCUUGGAGAAGGCUGUACAGCACAAAGAAAAACUGCUGGAAUAUGACAAGAAUAGUGUCAGGAGAACGCAGGUUCUGGAUGAUGAGUCGGACUACUUUGCCACCGACUCCAAUCAGUGGUUGUCCCCCAACGAGCGAGAAAAGCUGAGGAAACAGGAAGAGGAGCUGAGAGAACUUCGCUAUGCCUCUCGCAAGGACAGGAAGAUCACGCUGGACUUUGCCGGCAGACAAGUGCUAGACGAUGGAAACAACCUCAACGAGUACUACAACAAGUUGGAUGAGACCCUCACGGCUAUGAACAGCGACUCGACAUCCAAAUCACCAGCGUAUUCUAAAAGACAGGGUGGAAGACAGACCCUCGGAGAGCUGGUCAACCCCAAUAUAAUGCAGGCUGCACCAGAGUGGGUGGACGUUGGAGGCAGCAAGAGCAACAAGAGAAACCCGACGCAGGGAAAGAGCUCGGCAGACGACAAGGGAGGAGAGGAACGUCACAAGUUGAGGCUCCAAGACAAGGACUUGCAGGAGAUGUCUGACGGGGGCUGGUGCCUCAGCAUGCACCAACCGUGGGCCACACUGCUGAUCAAAGGCAUCAAGAGGGUCGAGGGACGAACCUGGUACACAUCCCAUCGGGGUCGUCUUUGGAUUGCCGCUGCAGCCAAGACGCCCACUCCUCAGGAGAUUGCUGAGGUGGAAGCCAUGUACCGCCAAGUGUACAAGAAAGAGCCCAGGUUUCCGAAAGAAUACCCCACCGGCUGCCUGUUGGGCUGCGUCAACGUGACCGACUGUCUGCCUCAGGAGCAGUUCAGCGAGCAGUUCCCUGGAACCUGCGAGGAGUCUGCUUCACCAUUUGUCUUCAUCUGCACCAACCCCCAGGAGCUGCUGGUGAAAUUCCCCAUGAAAGGGAAGCACAAGAUCUGGAGGCUGGAGAGUCACUACCACCAGGGUGCCAAGAAGGGGCUGGUCCCAUCCGCUGCAGAGUGACGUCAGGAGGACGAAAAACAGCCUGAUCUCAUGGGAACAUGGAAAAUUAUGUUUUCAAACCAAAUGGCUUCAUUCUCCGCUGGGUUGCGCUGACAUUUAACCACGAGUUAUCAACGCUGACGUAUUAUCAAUAUGGGCUUUCAUUUGCAUUUUGCAUGAGGAAUAUUGCUGAAAAGUAGGCAGUAACGGAGACGUAUAAUCAUUUUUGACAGACUUCUACAUUCUGAGAUCCUCACGUUUGAUUUUGUGCUUCUCUUAUUCCAAUAAAAAAAUUUCUCCAA